UAUCUGGAAAUUAUUGUUAAGAAAUUGAUUGGCUUUCUCCCUUUCACAGCAACGAAAGAGAAGAUUGUUGCAAAUUUAGCCAACUUUGCGUAUGAUCCAUACAACUAUUCAUUCUUACGCCAGCUUAAUAUUUUGGAACUCUUCCUGGACUGCAUAACAGAACCAAAUGAGAAGCUUGUAGAAUUUGGGAUUGGUGGCAUUUGCAAUGCUUGUGUUGAUCCAGCAAACUCUGCUGUUAUCAUCCAGUGUGGUGGUAUCCCUCUUGUUAUUCAAUGUCUAUCAAGUCCAGUUAGAAACACUGUGAACCAUGCUCUUGGGGCUCUUUAUUAUCUAUGUGACAUGUCUAACAAGGAAGAAAUUUUGAAGCCAGAAGUGGUUGAUGUCAUUAGGAGGUAUGCUGCAGCUGAAACUGUUAGUGUGAGCUUCAGUAAUCUAGCCAAGGCAUUUUUAGAUAAACACGUUGUGGAAAGCAAGUGAGAAAAGAACCCCUUUCUGGUA